UUUUGACCGCAACGGUUUGCUGUCCUCCCGUCCUAAUCCGAUUGACGGUCUAGUGGCUGUGGUUUGUUUGCUUGAUGUAAACGUUGUUAGCUUCGCUCGACAAGUGUCCUGUGAAAAGUGGACAAGAAGCUUUAUUUAUCGCACGCGGUGUGCCUCUGCAAACAAGCAGUAAUACUGGGUUAGAUAGCGAAGCAAACUGUGCUAAAGUGUCUAUGAUUUAAAUUAUUUUCUGUGAAAUUAAAUUUAAUUUCUUUACUGGAGCAACAGGAUAACACACACGAUAAGCGUAAAAUGCAUUCGAAAGUGACUGUCAUCAUAGUGCAUUUUCUGCUCUUGGGACUGCAACACACAGAGGCUUCACACUGGAGCUAUCCCGACCGAGAUUUAGAUGAAGUUUUUCCGACCUGGGGUGGCAUCUGUGAUACUGGAACCCGACAGAGUCCAAUUGAUUUGAGCGUAUCAAAAUCAUUAAAAGGACUGUAUGAUGAUCUGGAAUUUGACAACUUCAAUGACAAGCAAACCGGCGUAAGCAUCGUCAAUAAUGGACAUUCCAUUCAACUUGCUAACUUCUCCACGGAAAUGGAACUGGAAGGUGGUCCGCUUCUAGAUAAAUAUGUCGUCGAGCAAAUCCACUUGCACUGGUGGUCGGAGCAUACCAUCAAUAAUGUGCGCUACCCACUUGAGGCUCACAUAGUGGCUCGAAACAAACGUUACGCCAAUGUGACACAGGCAUCAAAUUUCAAAAACGGCCUAACCGUCCUAGCUGUACUGUAUCAUGCAUCGAAUAAGCGCAACGAAGCCAUCGAUCAAAUCAUCGAUUACUUGGACGAUGUAAAAAGUUUUGAUAAAGUCGAUCAGCCAGUGCGUAUGACAAAGCCAUUCGUAGUGCGUCAACUUUUCCCCGAACUCAAUGGUUAUAUGACCUAUGCUGGUUCAUUGACCACGCCCUCGUGCGCGGAGGCGGUGACCUGGAUUGUGUUGAGCGAAACAUUCCCAGUGACUUUGGAGCAGGUCGACAACUUCAAGCAGAUUCAAUGUGAAGAGAAGCAAGUACUCAAAAACAAUUAUCGAGAUAUCCAAAAAAGCAACAGUCGUGCAGUGGUGUUGGUACUGUCUGCGGAUGACAAUCGAUCGAAUGCUGCAAAUUCAUUGCACAUUUCAUUGAGUGUAGUAUUCUUGGUUUUAAGUGCCGCUAAAUUCGUGUAAAUGUGAGAACUAGUAAUGUAAUUUAUGUACGUACAUAUAACAAUAAUAUUUAUCGCAAAUAUGACACGGCUAUUAUUUGCCAUAACUGCAACAUAGUGACAAUGAACCAAAUAUUUUAUUUUUAUAUUUUUUGCCAACUCAUUGAUAUUUGAGUCUGAGUGAAAAAAAAAUUAAAUGUGGCAUCAAUAAUUAACUUUACUAUUAAAUAUUUAUGUAUUUUAAAUCUUAGAGUAGUAGCAUCUCGUUGUUAUGUGUAUUUAUGUUAUUUAGAUGUGUAAUAUCUUCUAUCUUUGUACUAGUCAAAAAAUUUACAUAAAAUAAUAUGUAAAACCGUAUAUUUAUAUGU